UCAUGGAUGAUGACUGAUGACUGAAGAUGAAGAUUAGCGCAGAAACAUUAAAGAAAGAAUGAUGCUUGCUCGAUUUGCAUUUCGAUCUCAACUGAGGGCUUCUGUCUCAUCUCGUCAAUCUGCUUCUUGCUGUUCUUCUUACUCGUCUUCAUCCGCAGCAUCAGCUGAAGCUGAAAGGACGAUUCGGGAAGGUCCGAGGAAUGACUGGAGUAGAGAUGAAAUCAAGGCUGUUUAUGAUUCUUCUGUUCUUGAACUCCUCUUCCAUGGCGCUCGGGUUCAUAGACAUGUUCAUAACUUCAGGGAAGUGCAGCAAUGUACUCUCCUCUCUAUAAAGACUGGUGGUUGCAGUGAGGACUGUUCGUAUUGUCCUCAGUCCUCCAGAUAUAGCACUGGAGUCAAGGCACAAAAACUCAUGUCCAAGGACGCUGUCAUUGAAGCAGCAAAGAAGGCAAAAGAAGCUGGUAGCACACGUUUUUGCAUGGGUGCUGCGUGGCGCGAUACAAUAGGACGGAAAACAAAUUUCAACCAGAUACUUGACUACAUCAAAGAAAUAAGGGGCAUGGGGAUGGAGGUUUGCUGCACAUUGGGCAUGAUUGAGAAGCAGCAAGCGUUAGAGCUAAAGAAGGCCGGCCUCACUGCUUAUAACCACAAUCUUGAUACUUCAAGAGAGUACUACCCCAACGUCAUCACUACUAGAAGUUAUGACGACCGGCUUGAGACUCUUGAGCAUGUUCGUGAAGCUGGAAUCAAUGUCUGUUCAGGAGGAAUAAUAGGGCUUGGAGAGGCAGAGGAGGACAGAGUAGGAUUAUUACACACACUGGCAACACUUCCGUCUCACCCUGAGAGUGUUCCUAUUAAUGCUCUGCUCGCAGUGAAAGGCACUCCGCUUGAAGACCAGAAGCCGGUUGAGAUAUGGGAGAUGAUCAGGAUGAUUGGAACAGCAAGAAUCGUGAUGCCGAAAGCCAUGGUGAGGUUAUCUGCUGGCAGAGUCCGGUUCACCAUGCCAGAGCAAGCCUUGUGUUUCCUUGCUGGUGCAAACUCUAUCUUCACUGGGGAGAAGCUGUUAACAACACCAAACAAUGACUUUGACGCCGACCAGCUCAUGUUCAAGACGCUAGGACUCAUUCCUAAACCCCCAAGCUUCUCCGAAGAUGAUUCUGAAUCAGAAAAUUGCGAGAAAGUUGCUUCUGCUUCUCACUAAAGUUUGAAGUAGCCACCUUUUUACUAUGUAGCAUUACAGUAUCAGGCUAUCAGUGAGGCUAAUUCUACAAUCUUGAGUUGAUUAUAAUACAAUAGUAACCAGUAUAAA